GGCGGCGGUUCGCGGGUGCCGGCAGCCGGGGAGUGCGGGGCCCCGGCCGGCGGGGCCGGGCCAUGGGGAAGGAGCAGGAGCUGCUGGAGGCCGCCCGCACCGGCAACCUGCCCGCCGUGGAGAAGCUGCUCUCGGGCAAGCGCCUCAGCUCGGGCUUCGGCUCGGGGGGCGGCGGCGGCGGCGCCGGGGGCGGCGGCGGGGGGCACCCGCUCUCCAGCCUGCUCAGCAUCUGGAGGGGACCAAAUGUGAACUGUGUUGACAGUACUGGAUACACUCCGCUGCACCACGCUGCUUUGAACGGCCACAAGGACGUGGUGGAAGUUCUGCUGAGGAAUGAUGCGCUAACCAAUGUGGCGGACUGCAAAGGUUGUUACCCUCUUCACUUGGCAGCCUGGAAAGGAGACGCAGAGAUAGUAAAACUUCUCAUCCAUCAGGGACCCUCCCACACUAAAGUGAAUGAACAGAAUACUCUUGAGAUCAAAGAACUCAAAAAGUACGGCCCUUUUGACCCCUAUAUCAAUGCCAAGAAUAACGACAAUGAGACCGCGCUGCACUGUGCUGCUCAGUAUGGCCACACGGAAGUUGUGAAGGUUCUCCUGGAGGAGCUGACGGACCCCACGAUGCGCAAUAACAAGUUCGAGACGCCUCUGGAUCUGGCCGCGCUCUACGGAAGGCUGGAGGUUGUGAAGAUGCUGCUGAAUGCUCACCCCAAUCUUUUAAGCUGCAACACUAAGAAGCACACACCCUUGCACCUGGCAGCUAGGAAUGGACAUAAAGCUGUAGUCCAUGUCCUCCUAGAUGCCGGCAUGGAUAGCAACUACCAGACUGAGAAGGGCAGUGCUUUGCACGAGGCUGCUUUGUUUGGCAAGACAGACGUGGUACAAAUAUUGCUGGCUGCAGGUAUUGAUGUGAAUAUAAAAGAUAACAGAGGCCUGACAGCUCUGGAUAUUGUGAGGGAACUUCCGUCUCAGAAAAGCCAACAAAUAGCAGCUCUCAUUGAAGAUCACACAAUUGGGAAGAGGAGCGCAAAAGCAGCAGAGAAGGCUCUGCCAACACCUGUCAUUCCUGCCACUGAACCUGCAGUCCGGAUAUCACAGGGUGAUGUGGAGAAAGCAGUGACUGAACUGAUCAUAGACUUUGAAAUGAACCAAGAGGAGGAGUGUCCUUAUGAAGCUUUAUACAGUGCGACAUCCUGCCACUCAUUGGACAGCCUGGCCAGUGGGAGGUCUUCAGACAGAGACUCUGUGAAUAAGGAAGCAGAGACAACGGGUCUUAAGGCAGCAGGAAUCAGGCCUAGAGAGCGUCCACCCCCUCCUGCCAAGCCACCCCCUGAUGAAGAGGAGGAGCAUGUGGAGAAGAAGCUAGGUCGCAGUGCUUCGUGUGAGGCCUCUGUGGUGCGGAGGAAGAGCAGGGGAAAUGCAGCCGAGGAAGAGGAGGAGCAUCCUUAUGAGCUGUUGCUUACUGCAGAAACUAAAAAGCCGCUUUCAGGGGAUAGAAAAACAAAAGGGGAAUUGCCAUCUUCAGGUGCUGUCAGCGGUAACCAGCUUCAGGCCAAACCCCAAAAAGGCACGUCUUCCCAAGAUAGUCAACGGCCGUUGAAUCGCCAAGGUUCUUCUGACCUCUCUUAUAGCCAUUCUGAGCAAUAUCCAAACCCCGAAUCACGCAUGAUUGAGACCUCAACAGACCACAAGAGGAGCAGUGGCAGCCGGAGCCAAGAUUCUGCAGACAGCCAGGACAUCCAGGUCCCGGAGCAGUUUUCAGGGUUACUCCAUGGCUCUUCCCCGGUGUGUGAGAUAAACGAGGACCCUUUCAGGCUCAUUUCUUCUGUGGCCAAAGGAGGUACAGAGGGCACAGGCCACUCACCUGCUAUGCAGUUGGAGGAUGCUGAUUUACCUGUCUCUGGAUCAGUACGGACCAGUUCUCCUGAGCAAAACCAGAAAGCGAUCUACGCAACGGUCCAGCCCAAAAACAUCCAGCAGGCAGAACCUGAAACUGCAGUGACUCCCCAAGUGCUGCAGCACCCUGGUGGUGCAGAGGAAGAGGGAGACAGAGGCGGUGCUGGGGGCCGAGCUCACCUAGGAGGCAAGCCCAAAGCAGAGCUCAAACUCAGCCGUAGCUUGUCCAAAUCGGACUCCGAUCUCCUGACCUGCUCACCGACUGAGGAUGAUGCCAUGGGGAGCCGGAGCGAAUCGCUCUCAAACUGCAGCACUGGGAAGAAAAGGCUGGAGAAAUCUCCAUCUUUUGCUUCGGAGUGGGAUGAGAUUGAGAAAAUCAUGAGCUCCAUCGGUGAAGGCAUUGACUUUUCUCAGGAACAGCAGAGGAUCUCAGGUUCACGGAUGCUGGAGCAGAGCGUCGGGGAGUGGCUGGAGUCCAUCGGCCUGCAGCAAUAUGAGAGUAAGCUGCUUUUGAACGGCUUUGACGAUGUCCGCUUCCUGGGCAGUAACAUAAUGGAAGAUCAGGACCUUCGGGAGAUCGGGAUUAGCGACCCGCAGCACCGCAGGAAACUUCUCCAGGCCGCACGUCCCCUUCCGAAGGUGAAAUCUCUGGGUUGCGAUGGGAACAGCCAGCCUUCGGUUCCUGCUUGGCUUGACUCUUUGGGGCUGCAGGACUACAUUCAGUCCUUCCUGUCGAGUGGCUACAGCUCUAUUGAUACUGUGAAAAAUCUCUGGGAGCUUGAAAUAGUAAAUGUGCUGAAGGUGAAUCUGCUUGGCCAUCGGAAGCGAAUUAUUGCCUCCUUGGCAGACAGACCGUAUGAGGAGCCACCCCAGAAACCACCACGGUUCUCGCAGCUGAGGUGCCAGGAUCUGAUGUCCCAGACUUCCUCACUGCUGAGCCAGACUGACUCCUACACAGGGAGGUCUGCGGAGCUCUUGCUGCCUUUGGGGGAUACUGGGAAGAGGCGACAUGACAGUGGCCAUGAUGCUGCUUCUCACCCCAGAGCUGACAGAUACAAAGCACAGGAGGAGCAUCGUGAGUCCAGACUGACUCUCAGGCCCCCGAGUCUCGCUGCGCCGUAUGCGCCUGUUCAGAAUUGGCAGCACCAGCCUGAGAAGCUCAUCUUCGAGUCCUGCGGGUACGAGGCCAACUAUCUGGGCUCCAUGUUAAUCAAAGACCUGCGAGGGACGGAGUCGACGCAGGAUGCCUGUGCAAAGAUGAGGAAAUCCACAGAGCAUAUGAAGAAGAUCCCAACCAUAAUAUUAUCCAUCACUUACAAAGGGGUGAAGUUCAUAGAUGCUUCUAACAAGAAUGUCAUCGCCGAGCACGAAAUCCGGAACAUUUCCUGCGCGGCCCAGGACCCCGAGGAUCUCUGCACGUUCGCCUAUAUCACCAAGGACCUGCAGACCAGCCACCACUACUGCCAUGUCUUCAGCACCGUCGAUGUGAACCUGACAUAUGAAAUCAUCCUGACAUUGGGACAAGCGUUUGAAGUCGCCUAUCAGCUGGCCCUCCAAGCCCAAAAAUCAAAACCUACUGGUGCUUCAACAGCGGAAAUGAUAGAAACGAAAUCUUCCAAACCGGUGCCUAAACCCAGAGUCGGCAUGAGGAAAUCCGCGGUGCCGCUCCCUCCCGAUAGUCGCUGUUGUUACUGUCACUCCUGUACUACACACCGUCCCUCCUACCUGCCGCUGCAGUCUGUUAGUCAAGGAGCUAAGCUGGAGCCAUCUGAAGUGGACCAAGACUCCCAGUCUCAUGCCAGUGUCUCCUGGGUUGUUGAACCCAAACAGGAUUCUAAGAGGACCCUCAGCACUAAGUAUGAGACCACUAUCUUCUAAAAAAGCAACCCUGUGUCCACCUAGUCUAACCGUGCCUUUGCGAUCUGAUCUGUCUGCUGUUCUAAACUCCCUCUCCCUCCAGCUGCUGGCACUGAGCUCCACCUCUAGGGGCUACACCAUCAGAGGCAGCAGCACUAGGAUACUGUAGACUAAACAGCUUUUGUAUCUGAUCACUACUGAACACUGUGAAUUCUCCUUACUCGGAAACAAGGGUAACAUGCGGAGAGAAUGACCUGUUAGAUACUUGUGAGGUGGGAGAUGCAGAGGGUUGGAAGCUGCGAGAGUCUGAGAUGUGGAUCCGGGAAGCCGCCUGCCAUUUCACGUUUUUCCCCUUGCUGCGGCACUGAAUCUCUGGGGGCGACAUGACACUCCCUGGGCCUUUUUGUAUUUAAUGUUCUUAUCCUUGGACUGCAGUAGACCUCUUGUCUCCGAGGUGCGCACACUCACUCGUUCUAGAUUCUGUACUGAGCCACAGCUGUAUACUGUUUCAGCGAACUGUUACCCCUCUUUUUACCUGUCAUCUGAACCGACACUAACCAGAGUGAUGCUGUCUGCAAAUAACCCAUUCACUAGAUUUCCUCGCAUGGAUCUUGUGUGCAAUCUCUUCCCCCCACCCCACCUCGAAGUUCAGAGUUGCAAACCUGAUUGCACAGCUAACGUGAGAGCCGGUCUGGGCUGCUUACACAGCGGUUGCUCUCACUGUGCACAUUGACCCUUCUUAGAGAUCAGGGUUGGUAUAUAUAGGAAACGCCUGGCAGCAGCUUCUCAGCUGCCCCACUGAAGUCAUUGUGUGGGCUUCAUCCUGUCUUGUCAGAUUUGAUGCAGGGCCCUUCUGUUCAAACCGACCAAACUGCUUGAGAGCUACCAGCUUGGUUCUCCCUUUUAGAACUAUACAUGGGUUAAGCUUUUAAAGGCACAUGUGACUAAUCCUGUACUGGGUGUGGGGCGGGGACUGGACUAUUUGUUGUCUGGCCAAAGCAGACUGGGGAGCUGGGAACUUUGCUCUGUUCAGCAGGUUUCCUGCAUGUUAACUUUGAUCCCAUUUCUCCCUUGGGCAGGAAGAAAGUACAAGUCUUCUGCAGAUCACAAGGCUAUUAAAUGCUGUGCAAUGACGGCUAGAGUGAUCUUGAAACAUCUGUCACUUCCCCAUCCCUUGGCAAUUACCCUUAGGGAGGGCCCUAGGUGCCUGGGUACCCUAUGUGCAGACACCUCCCCCUUUCUGUUCACCUCAUUUCCUUGUCUGCAAAGUUUUGAGCCCAUGGUUGGCUAGAUAGAUCUGUCUACGGCUGCUACUUUAGUUCCUAAAUGUGACUCAGACCCCUUACAACUGAAACCACAGAGCACGUGCUGCUGUGCAGGCCGAGCAGAGCUGGGACCUCGUUUGGAGGGUGGCCUCUGUGCCAUAAAGCAGUUUGUUAGCCAGUGACCAUGCGGAUACAAAUACGGUAGAGCCUCAGAGUUAUGAACACCAGAAUUAGAAACUGACCAGUCAACCCCACACCUCAUUUGGAACCGGAAAUAUGCCAUCAGGCAGCAGCAGCGACACACACACAAGUAAAUGCAGUAUAGUACUGUCUUAAACGUAAACUACUACAAAAAUGAAGGGAAAGUUUAAAAACAAUUGACAAGGUAAGGAAAGGUUUCACAGUAACAGCCGUGUUAGUCUGUAUUCGCAAAAAGAAAAGGAGUACUUGUGGCACCUUAGAGACUAACCAAUUUAUUUGAGCAUUGGUUAGUCUCUAAGGUAAGGAAACUGUUUCUAUGCUUGUUUAAUUUAAAUUACGAUGGUUAAAAGCAGCAUUUUUCUUCUGCACUGUAAAGGUUCAAAGCGGAGUUAAGUCAGUGUUCAGCUGUAAAUUUUUGAAAGAACAACCAGCAUGUUUUGUUCAAAGUUCAACGUUUCAGCAUUACGGACAAUCUCCUUUCCUGAGGCAUGUGUAACUCUGAGGUUCUGCUCUAUUCUCCUGAGGUGCCCUGGUGAAUUCCUGACUAGGCUGUGCUUAUGGCCAGCCCUGAUUAAAGUGGGCAAAAUGUAUAAGGCUCAUUGAUAGCAUGAAACUGAGGAGGAAGGAUGAUCCAGUGAUUAAACAGACUGGGGAGUCGGAACUCCUGGUUCUGUCACUGACUUGCUGUGUGACCACGUCCCUUAGCCUCAGUUUCCCCCUUUAUCAAAUGGGGAUAUCAUCUCCCUCCCUCACAGAGGUGAUGUGAGGCUUAAUCAGUUUGCAAAGCAAUUUGAGAGCCUCUAAGGAAAGGCACUAUGUGACUAGCACGUAGUAGUCGUCCUAUGACAACAACCCACUAUGCUCCGCUUCACUCACUCUCCUGCCACAUGAAAUACCAGUCUCACAAGAAGGGAGGUUGCACCUUGGAUUCUGACCUGUGUUCUAAAGUCAGACUGAAAACCACCUGCUCCUUUCUAUGGGAGCACCUGGCUGUGUGGGACAGUAGGGGUUAGUACACCAGCCUUUCAGCUGUCACACUGGACAAAGAUCACAAAUGUGUCUGAUCCUAGUCUAAUUCCAAGCAUACCAACAUCAUUUAUUUUGCACCAUUAGCAGAAUCCACUCAUAGGAGAAUCAGCAGUGGGGGAGUUGCAGGUGCCAAUCAAGGUGUGGUCGGAAGAGAGCUGUGAAGGAAGCUGGACAGCUACUACCCACACUAUUCUUGCCUCUGCUUUGUGAUGGUCCGUCAUGAACAGUUUAAAACCCGCAUCUUCUCCUCCCCAAAUGUCCAUCUCUAGACACACCCAGUGUGUCCAUACUGGCUCUUGAAUCUUAAGCAAACCCCAUUUACUGAUGCAACCUGGAUUGUCCAGAACAGAAAGUAGGUCUAUAAGAGUUUUCUUCAAAUGUCAUAAUCUCUGCAGCAACCAACCACCCCAAAUGUGGUAAUUCAGCCUGGAUCCUCACUUGUUGUGUAUUAGAACCAAUAAGGAUCACUUUUUAGUGGGCUAUUGAUUUUGCAUCAGUCUUUUCUUUCCCUUUCUCCCCUCCAGCCCAGUAAUUAUACUAGAAUCUUGUGUUUCAGAAUCUUUAUCUAGCUCCUUCCUCGGAGCAAGUCUGACCUCCCAGUCCUCAGGGCCAUGGCCUAACAAGGCAAACAGAGUUCAGAAAUAACAACCUGGUUAGUAAGUAUCCAAGUAAGGAGGGUAGGAAGAUAUUUUGUAAAGCACAAAGAAUAAAAACCUCAGUCUUGUAGGUAGAUUUAACAUGUCAUGCACCCCUGGCCCCCGUGGUAAGGGAUUACAGAUGCUUAGGCAAAAGAAUCCUUAACUAGAGAAAUACUACAGUGAAUGCCCAAACACUGCAGUGUUCCUGUUACCUGUAGUGGUUUGGGCACUUGCUGUAGAAUACGGCGGUAUUUUUACGGGCUGCUGCGUAUUGUUUGGCAAGCUGUGAACGGCGCCCUGAAACCUCUUUUCAGUCGUUCAGAGGAGAUGUUCAAUGAGGAAUGCAAGUGGUGGUGUGCUUUUAUGUCUAAGAGUUUAUCAUCAGUUACAGCUACCCACAUACAGAUCUGAUUUUCGGAGGGGCUGAGCCCUUGCAACUACCAGUGUCUUCCGUGGGUUCUCAGCGCCCCUUUUUAAAAAAAAAAAAGGGUUAGUUGUGCAUGUGCCUUUUUAAUGCUGACCUCUGACCCUUGGUGGGAUCCCAGCAGCCCUGUCUGAACAGAGGGCUUGUGCUGUGCACCUGUAGCUCUCACCAGUUUGUGGCUCUAUUAUUUCUCACUGCUUGGUCACACACCCCUCUGUCCCCUCCCUUCUCCCCCCCCGCCCCCCCAGCAUUGGUUUGAACGUGACUCAUGAAAUUAUUCAUUGCAUUUUUUCCUUUCUGUUAACGUUGUCCCCUGUUCUGUUUGCCUCUGGAAAGCUGAUAUGCAGGCAGCUGUGUGCUACCAUGGAAAUGUAGUAACGGGGCAGAGACCUAAGAAGCAGUGGUACCCCAACAGGAUGAAGAUCUCCACCCGGCACUGGUGUCUGCCUCUCUGAAUAUGUUCAUGACUGCCGAGUAAGGGCUUCCACAAUUGAGGGGGGAAAAGGGAUCCCAGCAACCAGCUGACAAAAACAGCUACGCAUUUCUAGCAAAGGAGAUUUGAGACUUCUGAGCUCAAGGGAGUGAUACCUUAUUUUCUAGCCUGUUGCAACAAAUGUUUUUUUUUUAAAGAGAUUUUUUUUCUUUUUACAUGCAAUGAUACGAAACAAAAGAAAUCCACAACUUAAAUGUAGCAUGUUGCAAUUUUUUGGGUUGGAACAACCCUUAGUAAAUUAAGAUUCCACGGUACUGUCCUGUCCUACAAAGAGUACGGUAAAAAGUCUUAGCAAUGGCGGUAGUGUGUGUAUGUCUAAUGGUACUUUAAUUCACCUCGGUUCUUGGUGAGCAGGAGAAAACAAUUCCAAGAUUUUGGCAAUAGUUUUGUUCCAGAUUCUGAAACUCAGCUGCAUGGAUUUUCAUACACUUUUUUCUUUCAAGCCACUCCAAGCCUAAAUGGGAGAUGGAUAUAAUUUAAGGAAAACUGUCUGCAAAGGGGUUACAAUCCUAGUGAUGAUUGCUGGGUAUCACCCAUGGUACGAAGCCUGCUUUCACUAGAGAACUGUUGCAUUGCAAUACUUGAUGUUUUGAUGGUAAGGAGGACACAAUUGGAUUCCUUUCCAUUAGUUUAUCACACUGAAUAACUGGAGAGUUUGCUCCUUUCUAUACCUUCUCUUGCAUCUGCCAUGUUUUUUAAAUGCAGUUAUGUGCUACCGGGUUGGGUUUUUAAAGUCUGGUUGUGAUUUAACACUUUGAUACUAGCUCAUGAUUGAAUUACCAUUAGUGUAACAGUAUUGCAGAAUAUGAACCAACAAGGAGUUGUAUUCUGGGCAUUACACUGAAACAGUCCAUACCUGAUGAUAAAUUCAAUCAGUCUAAGGGUGGUUGGUCCCAAGCAGUCCCACAUUCUUAAACAGAACACAAUCUUGAAGGUGCUUUGUAAUUACGCUUCAUUUAAACUACCUGAGUAUUUAAUGGUGGCUUUGGCUGUGACAGUUGUGUGACCUGUUUUCCAGUGCCCUGACCAUCAGGACCUUGUUGGAAGGAGAGAUGGUAAAAUGGGCAUGACUUGGUUCUUGAGAUGUAAAAACAGGGGACACCAUGCCAUUGCUUUGGUCUCAGGCAGGUGUGAUGGUUUGGUGGUGCCCUGCUGCUUAGUAGAACUUUGUGUCCUAACUAUUCGUUUUUAACUCCAGUUGCUGCUGUAUCUGUCAGGAUUUAAUUUAGUCUCAUUCCAGUUGAUGGUGAGUGCUGAGAGAAACAAACAAUCCCCAGGGCCUAGACCUGUCAAUGAUUAGUGAGCGGGAAAACAAGCUGUUUUUUAAAAUGAGUGAAUUUUAGGAAACUUAACAUUCCUUCUUAUGCCUAUGUUGCAGUUCAUACUGAUGUAAGUGUAAAUAUUCGCUGUGUUAGCAACAAGUCUGUUCGCAGAGAUUGAACCCCUGCUUUGGAGGAGGGAUAGCUCUCUGUUGGAUGCAGGAGCUUUGGAGGUUGGCUGGCAGUAAAAGUAGUGAUGAAGACUCUAAUCUUGCUGUUGUCUCCAGUGACUCAGCAACCCCCUUUGCUGUUCUCUUGCUAGGUGUUUGUUUUCUCCUUGACACAGAAUACGUAUUGCAGAGGAGCUGAGCUUUAGUAGCGUAUGUUUUCAAGGUACUUGCCUGGUAGGGCUCUCCUCCUAGACCCCAGCCUAUAUUUUCAGGAGUUCAGGUGGCUCCCAAUCUCUUAGUACUUUGCCAUUUGUGCACUGUUCAGGCUCUUGUGUUCCUACAGGGAUUCACAGUAUCUGGAGGAAAGUGUCCUAAAUUUUGGGUUCUGAAUGUGAUUAAUUUUCAAAGUUCUGAGCUAGUUCUGUUACCAACCUGUGAUCCACUUCCUUCCCUUUUUCAAAGGAUAGACAGUAUUCUAGAGCAAUCGCCCUUUGUAUUUGGUAUGGGUCCAGGCUGAGAACUCUAGACAGACACUAAUAUUAAUAGCUGAAUUGUCUUCUUAAAAUGAGGGUGCAGUCAUUUAAUGUAUUCAGCUUCAAGCUGCUGUAUCCUAUUCUAUUCUGUACCUGUUUAAAAAAAAAAUGGUAAUCUCGGCUGUUCAGUUUUGCCUUUAAAUUUAGAAGAAAGUUGGUAUUUGGAUAUCUGAGGCACCCCCCCAUUCCCCUUGCAGAAAAAAGGUAUUUGGGUGUGUUUCGAGGGGAAGCUGAGCUGGACCACUGCCCUUUGUGAGGCUGCUGCAAUGUACAGAGCAGACACCAAAUGGUAUCCUUGAGCAACUCCAUUUCUUGAGCUGUGAAACUGACCUGGACUCAGCUAUAUUAACACUCCCUCAUUACAGAGUUCAGCUAUCUGUCAGCAGGCAUUUCUGUGGUUUCCCUUAUGCUUACAUCAGUUGAGUGCAGUAGGAUUUCAUUUUAUAACAAGCUCUCCGUUUGCAACUCCAUGCUCCUUUUUAGAUCCUACAUUGGCAUAUUUAGAGGUACCUGUACAACCAGAAGCCAAUUUGAUGUGCUUGAAAUGAGAGAGCUAACUCAAAUUUUUGUCUUGUGAAAAAUAACCUGAGAUUUCCCCAACAUGGCAGAGAACAGUCAACUUCAGUUUGCAAUGUAGACCUUUUUGCUAAUUGUGAUGUAUGGCAGUGGGACUGAUUUGUAAUAAAAAUGUUAUUUAAUCUGUCUCUGUAUUUUGAUACUUGAAUUUUCUUUUAUUUUCCUGUAUAUACAAUUGUUAAUCUGCUUGAAUUUGUCUGAAUUUUAAACAUCUUGUGGUACCAAACAUAACCAAUCUGUGCAACAACAUAGACUGACCUCACUACAACAAGGCGAGAUUGUAAAUAUUUCUGGGCUUCCAGUGGUCGUUUUGUUGUUUUUCAUAACUGUACAAUUUAGAACAGACUGAAUUAAUAAAUAAACUCAGACACUCACCUUU